AUGCGUGACUUGAGACGACGAGCUUUAGAAUGCAACAAAACUGUGUCCAAAAAAGCACAGUCGCGGGUUUCAAGGGCAUCACCAGCAGCUAAUCCACAUGCUGUAUUAAAUAAUCAGAGAUUUCAUCAAUCAGAUGGUGAAGGAAGUACUGAUAUUAAAUGCACAAAUUGGAGUGCUGGCCAUCCAGAUGAAGUUAUAAAUCCGAAGUUAUCCAGUUGUAAAAGUGAAAGAUGGAAGCAGAACAUAGAGGAUUGUAUGAGUAAGAUUGUAGAUCGAAAAAAAUACAGCGCUCGUGAUAGAGAGAUAAACCUAGCUCAAUACGUAGAUCUACUCACAAGUUAUUACGUACAUGAGGCAAUACAGUACAGAAAUGACGAAAUUUAUCCGAUACUCAUGAAAAUUAUAAAUUCCGAACAUAGCGAGAAUGAAACAUGUCAUGCAAUGCGAGCUGUGGCCCUAACAAUGAUCACUGUUCCUUCAGAAUCCGUGUAUGAAAAAAUUGAACAGUACCUGAAACGAAGCUACCGUAAUUCAGAUAAUUUUGGAGUGAAGGUUGCAGCAAUUAGGACUCUUAGCACUGUAGCUAUAUACGGUGCUGCGUCAGAAUUCGAAAUUUCAGAGAUCAUGGACGAAUAUCUCGAGAUCAUUGAAACGGAUGGUUGUUCGAUAGAUUCAGCUGAUCAGGUAGAUGUGGUUGUUGCAGCUUGUAAGGCAUGGGGUUAUUUGGCAACAUUCCUGGACGACCUUGAGCAGAAGGCCGAAUUUGCAAUAGGAGUCUUUGCUGAACAACUUGAUAGUAGCGAUGUCUCCGUGAAAGUGGCCGCUGGAGAGAACAUUGCACUACUUUACGAAAAGGGAAAUUCAGAAGCCCUAUCAUCCAACAGCGACUGUAACAGUGAGGAAUACAGAGCUUCUAAUAAUCCGACCCAAUCCAAGUAUUCCGAAGCAAACUAUCAAAAAAGCCGGCUCCAUCACUCUCUCAAUAGGCUUGCUAAUGAAUCAUCAAGACAUAUUUGUAAAAAAGAUCGUAAAACUCUACAUUCAAACUUUUCUGACAUUUUAAACACUAUUGAACAUCCUAACCGCGGACCCAGAUAUCAAAAUGCUAUAAACAAAGAGACCGGGAAAAGAUAUGGUUCUCGGAUGACUAUCACUAUUAAUAACAUGGGUGAUAUGAAGAUAGAUAAAUGGUGGAAAAUGCACCGUCUACAUGCACUUAGGACUGAACUGAAGGGUGGGUUUUCAGCUCAUUAUCGAGACAAUCCAGUUAUCUUUGAAAGUCUCCCAUUGGAAGCUUCGGAUGAUUGA